AUGAGCACUUUCGACUCGAAGCUCCUAAAAAUCAGCGAGCAGAGAAAACUUGGGGGACUCAAGUCUCCUGGGCUUCGCCCAAACUCAACUUUCGCUUGCUCAAGUGUUAUUCCCACGUCAUUUGAGUGGACUUGGCAUUGGUAUUAUGUAUUCUACUUCCUCUUCGUCUACCAACUUGGCGCCCUUCUAUGGAGGUUUUGGUGGAAGGCGCCGGUAUAUCAACACUUUGCCAACACAAUUUUGUUUACUAAUUCUGGCUAGUCGAACGUCAUUAUCACUGCUUAUGCUACAAUAUUGGGAAGGUGGUUGACGGCUUUGCAUAUGAUUGUUGAUGCGGAAUCACUCCUUCAUAAUGCUUAUAAGUCAGUAAGUUCAACAAGCCCAACCGACCACACCACUUGAGAUGUCCAUUAACCCAGUCAUCAGUCCAAUGGCAAGCCUUUUGCCAUCCCCAUGAUUGAUCGUUGGAUUAUAUUUGUCACAGAUAAGGAAGAACUUAAACAACUAGAAUCAGAACCCGAGAGUUUGCUUUCUAUGGAACAUGUGCUGAAUGAGGUAUGAUAUCCCCGAAUCACCUUUCAUACAUGCGAUUAUGUUUAUUGACGGAAUAGCUCGGGUUUACAAGCUUGGUCCUCGGACCAUUCUCCCUAGUUCCAGAGAAAGACAAGAUCAAAAGCGAGAAUUUCCGAGUCAUGAUUGGUGUUCUGAAGAACAAACUUUGUUCAAAUCUUCCCGACAUGACCAAUUCCUUUCGAUGCCGGAUUAACGAAUCGAUUGCUUUAGAUUAUGAAAAUGGUGAGUGUGAUUGUGGAAGCUCGUGGUCUGUCAAAGGAUUGGAUACUAAAGUUCAUUCUUACAGGAACUCGGCUAAAUAGUAACGAAGAAUGGCGAAAAAUUCGUCUCAUGCCAGCUUUCCUACGGAUCUUCACUCGUGUCAAUAUUACAACUUUUCUUGGCGAGGAGCAAGGUAAGACCAGCCGUCUUCUGUCAUCUUAUUGGAUGUUGGAGCUAAUACCAAUGUUUACUUUAUAGGCACUCGUCCUGAGGUCUAUAAACUCGUCAUGGAUUUUACUGGAGUAUUGGUCGUGCCCUUCCUUUCUUGAAUUUAAUACCAGCAUGGCUACUACCGUAGGUGGAGUUCCUUCUAGAAGAGAAUGAGAUGAAGCCAACUGAAUUAUAGGAUGAUCGCUUCAGUAUUGAUGGGAUGGGGUGUCGCCAGAGCCAAGGUAUAUAGGCUACUUCAUCUGAUGGCUCACGAAACUAUUUCAGGUGAAGAGGCGAAGAGAAACCCUGUUCGUGUUCCCAAAAGCUUCAUGAGAAAAGAUAGCUAAUCUUUUCCAGGGGGCGCGAGGACACCUAACGCGAUGGAUUGCUGAAAUGUUGAGACUUGACGAUAUUGCCGAGACCGCAAAAGUGACCAUUGGUCUUUUGUUUGCGAGCGCUUUUCAAGUCCCCAUGGUGGGAAAAACUCAUUUACUUAUUGAUGAUAGAACUAAUUGUCGAUUAGGUCUCGCAAUUCAUGAUUCAUAGUUUAUGUGAACACAAAGAUUACCACGACAGACUCAGAGAAGAAGCUCUUAGAUACAAAGACGCCUCCUUCGGCCGCGUGAACCAAGAUAUGCCGCUCCUCGACUUCUUCAUGCGAGAAACCGUUCGUUUAAGUCCUGGCAUCAUUUGUUAG